AAUUCAUGACCCGCAAAAAAGCGGGUUUUGCGGGAUGGGGAUUGCACGGUACCGGGUUUAAAGCGGGAUGACCCAGAUGAACCGCAGGAAGGCCCAGAUGAACCGCUAGACGCUUCAGUUGCUUUCGUCACCUGAAAACAAAACGAAAGAGAGAGUGGGACGAGAUGGAGCUCCAACGAUGGCCUUGGGAAGAGAUGACGACGAUGGCCGUGGGAAGAGAUGGAGCUCCGAUGAUGGCCAUGGGAAGAGAUGACAACGAUGGCCGUGGGAAGAGAUGACGACGAUGGCCGUGGGAAGAGAUGGAGCUCCGAUGAUGGCCGUUCGAUGUCCGACAGGCGACAAUGCUUCUGGUGACCACAUCGUGUUCAAUCUGCAGCAGAGGAGCUUCUCUUCCUUUUCGUUCCACCAAAAGGUGAUUAGUAUGUGAGUGUGAUUGUGUUUUAAAAGACUAAUGAGCCAAAUCCAAGCUUAUGUCUUUGAUGUGAUCAGAGAAAGUGUCCCUAAGCUGCUUCUUGAUGAUGUCUUUGAGCAGAAGAAUGAAAUUGCCAAAGCUGUUGAAGAGGAGCUCGAGAAGGAAAUGUCUGCUUACGGUUUUGAGAUUGUGCAAACUCUCAUCGUUGACAUUGAGCCUGAUGAACAUGUCAAACGAGCCAUGAACGAGAUCAACGUUGGUGAAGAAUCUGCAUGACAAGCUGAGUAUUCUGUAUGAGCAAGACAGACGAAGAAGUAGACAAUGUAAUAUCCGAUAUCCCGCGGGACGGCCCGCGAAGGUCUGCAAAGAAUGUGGUACGGGAUUGGGCAUCUAUUUUUAGGACCGCAUCCCGCGCGGGACAGGAUGGGAGAGCCCAUUUGACAUCUCUAACUGUAUCCUACUGGUUAAGGUUUAAAGGCUUCUACACCCAAAUCUGGGGUUCGAAUCCCAGACUAUGCAAUUUAUUGCAGAUUACAUGAAUUCCAGGUUUCAAGUCCCGGAGAGAGCGAUUUAUUAAACAAUUAUGCAGACUACGGAAGAAAAACUUACAAGGGAUCUUCAACAUGGUGCAAGUAAAUCUUGUCAGACGUGGAUCUUCAUAGGACGGCACAGGUGAUGCAGUUAGGCGUAGGUCUUCAUAAGGCAGGUAGUAUUGUCGGUUGUCGAAUCGUCUAUGUAAUCUUUCUCAUAUCAUAAUUGUAAGAUCAUAAUAAAUCAGCGUUAAAAAAAAAAAACCCCGGUCUCUUAGUCGGGGUUCUUAACU